AUGGAAGCUUUCGAAGCCAAGCGGUCCUUGGUUUUGCUGCCAGCUUCGCUUUGCUGCAUCUUCAGCCUGUGUCUUCUACUUGUGGCCUGCAUUCUCGCACGUAGUAGCAGCAGCCGCUGCAGCCCCCUCCCAAUGGCUCUAUAUUCUUCGUUGUUGGCGGCCCUAAAGCUUUUCUUGGCUGGCGCUGUGGCAGCCGCGGCGAUUUGGUUUACUGCACCGGACCCCCAGGAGGCUGACCUCAAUACAGUGGAAGGUAUUGCAAGCUGGGCAGCCUUAGCCCAGGAAGCCUUCUGGAGUUUGCUGCCCUUCCCAAUUUUCUUCGGCCUCUGCUCCCUUUCCAGCGAGGAAAUCAAGGGAAGGGAUGCAUGCUUUGCUGCGAUUGCAAGCCUUGCGCUUUUUGCCCUGGCGCUGGCUUUUGCAUUACCUUUCGCCCGAGACCCGAUGGCAGCCAUCAUGGGCCAUCCGGUGCGCCAUGUGAAAAGCUCGUGCCAAGAGUGCGACAUUAUCGGUGUGACUGACCUGAUCAAUGCAACAACAGGGGUAGCAUGUUACAAGUGGUGCCGGGCCGUCUUCAACUAUGCGCCUGUGGGCGUUUCUGGGAUGAUGGGCUUGCCGGCAUGUAUCAAAGUCAUGACUUGGAGGAACUUCUGUGCAGCUGGUCUACCGCGCUGGCUCAAGAUUGCACUUCCUCCGCUUGCCGGAGUGCUCUACGGCUUGCGGAGCCUAGGGAGCUUCGUGGGCUUUUGGGCUCGGCCUGGCUCCGUUUACGCACACAUCGGUGAUGAUGGGGAUGCCUCUGCAACUCCAGCGGCUGAGUCUGCCGACGCUCGCUGCAAGUUCGUUCUGUCUGAAGGUGAAGCGCCGGUGGGGUCUCCAAGUCUUGAGAAAUUCAGAGAGGACGGGCGCUUCUCUCACCCGGGCGGCUUCAUGGAAAAGCUCUGCAAGCGAUACAGCUUGAAUGAUUUGGAUGCCGAACGGCUUCGCUUGAAGGUUGCAUCGGCGUCAGCUGCCAUCGAGCCCGCGCAAGACCUGAACUCAAUCUGCUCCCUCCUCUUUGCUGCAAAGCCCUUCUAUGCUGGCUUGUUGGCCUUCGCAGUGUUUGCCCCAAAUGCCGGGGAUCUUCUUCAGGCGCAGAACACCGCAGAGCUGGCAAGGUCCUUAGAACGUGGCUUUGCCACACGCGAGAUUUAUGUGCACCAGCGCAGAGAAGGCACCUACGAGGGCACGAUGUCCAUUAUAGUAUCCAUGUGGGCACUGGUGCGCACACCCGAAAUGUCCUACCUGACGGCGGGGAACCUCGCUUUUGGUAUUUUACUUGCCCUGGCCUUGAGCCUUCCCACAGCAGCGAAAGCCGGGGAGUUACUUGCUAAACCCCAGCCUUGCAAGUUCGACAACUAUUACGAGGUUGUGCAGGAGGAGAAGAAGGUGAACAGCUGGGCCGUUCUACGCAGGCCGGUUGGCUUCCUGGCCAUUUCACCCUGCUGGGCUUUUGUCCUUACUUCCCCAGGCUUCGCAGGAACUUUCUUGGCCUGUGUGUUUGCUGUUCUGCCACUGGGAUGUUUGGGAAAGGCCCUCGGGCUGAAGAAGCUGGACACGUUUAUGUGGGCCUGGCAGCAGGCCUGGUGGGCUUCGCUGGUGGGGCUCCGGGAUGCCCGCGAUCUCUUCAUUGCCGGAUACCCCUUCAGUUGUCUGCGGAGCCGACUGGACUGGUGGCUAGAUCAGGAUGGAGCAAACAUCGCCCGAUUCUCGAGGCACGUGGCGCUUCUCAGUUUCUGGGUCCUGCUUUGGGCCGAUUUCGGCCUUAAUGUUGGGCGUGGCAAAGCCGUCACGUGGGGAUCGCUCGAUCCGGAUCGUGAACAAUAUCACAUGCUUCAGUUUCCGGAAGGUUUAAACACUCUUGUAAAGGGAGAGAGGCUGUGGGACAGCAUCACUCAGAACCAGCAGCUGCUGCGCCAGUUCCUGGUGCUAGCUUGUGGUUUUUUUGCGGAGGUCGCGCUCUUGGUCGGUGAUUUCUGGCAUCCGGCUGGUGGCUGGCACGAAGUCGAGGCUGUCCUUGGAAGGUACGAGAUCUUGCGCGAAGUGAAGGUGACAGAAGGCGCUGACCCUGAAGUGGUGCAAGAGAGUGUGCAGGAACCGCAGGAAUUGGCAGCCGGCACCGAGGUUGACAUUAUCGAAGUCCAGAGCAAGCAGGAUCUCGUCCGAGGGCGUUUGCGCGAUGGAGGGUGGAUCUCAAUACGAGACACUCGCGAAGCUGAGUUUGGGCGAUUUGCACAGCGACUCUUGCAUCCAGCUGCCGACACCGGCUUCGAAGAACGAAGCUCUGUGGUGCCACCGUAA